AUGCAGCUGCUCCUGCUCCUACUGCUGCUGGCCUCUUUGCUGCCACCCAGGGCAGAGACAGGAGAGAUCAUCGGGGGACAUGAGGCCCGUCCCCACUCCAGACCCUACAUGGCAUUUCUACGGAUAUCGGUUCAGAACUCUGAGAGCUGGUUUGGUGAGAAAUUGCCAUUUAAGACCAAGAUGUGUGGAGGUUUCCUGGUGCGAGCGAACUUCGUGCUGACAGCCGCUCACUGUAACGGGAGGGCAAUCACGGUCACCCUCGGGGCCCACGACAUCUCCAAGCAGGAGAGGACCCAGCAGGUCAUCACUGUGAAGAGAGCCAUCCCCCACCCAGACUACAAUCAUACGACCUUGGCCAAUGACAUCAUGUUGCUGCAGCUUCACAGCAAGGCCACAUUGAAUCCCUAUGUGAAGACCAUCAGGCUGCCCAGGAAGAACCACUCAGUGAUGCCGGGGAAGGUGUGCACUGUGGCCGGAUGGGGGCGCUUAGGCGUCAAUGCCCAGGCUGCAGAUAAACUGCAGGAGGUAGACCUUAAAGUUGAAUAUAAGGAUGCUUGCCUCCAUCGCUACAAACACCCUUUCAACAACACCCUCCAGAUAUGUGUGGGGGACCCAGGCACAACGAAGUCCUCCUUUAAGGGUGACUCUGGGGGCCCCCUGGUGUGUGACCAGGUGGCUGAGGGGAUCGUCUCCUUUGGGAAAAAAACUGGGAAGCCUCCCCGAGUCUACACCAGGAUCUCCAGGUUUGUGCCCUGGAUACAAAAAACAAUGUCGCAGUUCAAACUUCAAUGA